AUGGCGAGCGCAGCCGCGCCUGAUCACCAGCUGCGCACCCUCAAGGGGCCGGGGAACCACAGAUACGCGGUGGGGGAGAAGAUCGAGAUGUUUGCCAACAAGGUCGGCCCGUACUACAAUCCAAGCGAGACCUACCAGUACUACAGUUUUGCUUUCUGCCCACCACCUAGCGACAAGCGUGUCUUCAAACCAGAAGACCUUGGGGAGGUGUUGGAGGGCGACAGGCUGGUGACCACCCAGUACAACAUACAGUUCAGGGUGGACAUGCCGGAAGAGGAGCUGUGCCAGAAAGAUGUGUUGGAGGAAGAUGUGGCCAAGUUCCGUAAGGCUGUAAAAGAGGACUACUAUUACCAGAUGUUUUUUGAUGACUUGCCAAUCUGGGGCCUGUUUGGGAAGUCGGAGACAACACCUGACACAAAGUACUACCUCUACACCCACACUCACUUCGACAUUGACUACAACGAGGACAGGGUGAUUGGUGUCAACGUGUCCACAGAUCCCAACACGGCUAGGGAAAUAACCAACCUUGGACGUGCAUCAUUCCCAUUCACGUAUUCUGUGAAAUGGAACCCGACGGAUGUGACUUUCGACCAUCGGUUAGAGAAGUACUCGAGGUAUUCAGUUGUGCCAGAGCAUCUGGAGAUCCACUGGUUCUCCAUCAUCAACUCAUGUGUCACAGUCCUGCUGCUCACCGGCUUCCUGGCCACAAUUCUGAUGCGAGUCCUCAAGAACGACUUCAUGAAGUACACCAGAGAUGACGAAAUGGGCGAGGAGCAAGAAGAAAGUGGAUGGAAGUACCUGCAUGGCGACGUGUUCCGUUUCCCUAGGCCACUGUCCCUGUUCUGCGCUAUGCUGGGGACGGGCACCCAGUUCUUAGUGAUUGCAUUCUUCAUAUUCAUGCUGGCCGUCUUUGAUGUGUUCUACCCAUACAACAGGGGUGCUCUGCUAACAGCAUGCGUGGUGCUGUAUGCUCUGACGUCUGGCAUCGCCGGAUAUGUCGCAGCAUCAUGGUACAAGACGAUGGGUGGCGCCAGUUGGGUGUCCAAUAUUGUCCUCACCUGUGCCCUCUUCAUGGGACCCCUGCUGUGCCUCUUCUCAUUUCUCAACACUGUUGCCAUCGCCUAUGGCUCUACUCAGGCCCUGCCUUUUGGCACCAUAUGCGUCAUACUGGUGAUAUGGGCACUUGUCACAUUUCCGCUGACAGUUAUUGGCGGCAUUGCUGGCAAGAACUCCAAGACAGAGUUCUGCGCAACAACACGGACGACGAAGUACCCAAGAGAGAUCCCUCCCCUACCUUGGUACCGCCAGACGCUAGCGCAGAUGGGAAUGGCUGGGUUCCUGCCCUUCAGUGCCAUUUACAUCGAGUUGUACUACAUCUUCUCAAGCAUUUGGGGCCAUAAGCUGUACGUCAUCUGGAGCAUCCUCUCCAUCGUCUUCGUCAUCCUGGUGAUCGUGACGGCCUUCAUCACCGUCGCCCUCACCUACUUCCAGCUGGCCGUGGAGGACCACCGCUGGUGGUGGCGCUCCUUCCUGUGUGGCGGCUCCACGGGCCUCUUCAUCUUCGCGUACUGCUUCUACUUCUACUUCGAGCGCUCCACCAUGUCGGGCUUCAUGCAGACGUCCUUCUUCUUCGGGUACAUGGGCGUGGUGUGCUACGCCUUCUUCCUAAUGUUGGGCAGCGUGGGAUUCCGGGCGUCGCUAAUGUUCAUCAGGCAUAUAUACAGGGCCAUUAAAUGUGAGUGA